AUGUACGAAGGGAUUGACAACCUGAAAUCCUUUUACGACCGUGCCGGGAAGACUUUCUCCGGCGGUCCUUCUGCGGCACAGGAUGUGCCGCGUCGUACUGCUCAACCAGACCCAGUACGUCGAUCAUCAGUUGGGAGCGGGGCUCCCAAGAAUCCCAGGACGGGGGAUAGCCGCGCCAUCGGACGAGAUAACUCGUCCGACGCCCGUUCACGUCGCGGUGGUUCAACAGCUGCUCAACUAGAUAGCGCUGGCCACCGCGAGAGUCCUCUAAUGGAGGUGGAGGAGGAGGAAAGACGCUCUCCACACGAUCAUGUGGAUCGGUGUGUUCCCGAGAGCUUCUUUGAUCGCGUAACCCAAGGGUUACGCGACGAUCUCGAGCAUGAGCGGAAUAGGCGUCUCCAAGUGGCGGACACUGCCUUGAAGCAUCGAGCUGAGUUUGCCUUUGCUCAGCUCGAGAACGAGAGAUCUCUGACAUCUCUUCGUGACGAGCUAAGGGUAGCUCGUGGGAUUGUUGAUCGGUCUCGGGCUGAGAUAACUGCUCUUCAGACCCUUGUUGAUGCCCACCAUCGGGAGCACAAGGCUCUCUGCGAGAUGCUUGAGCGCAAGGGCGUUCUUCAUCGGAAGAAGAAGCGUACUGAUGGUACGGCUUAA